GUUGGAGGGGGGGGUCACCCAGACUGUGUGUUCUGCUGUGUCUUCCCUGCAGGAGUGGGAGGCAGAGAGCCACGACUGGUACUGCUUCGAGUGUCACCUACCGGGAGACGUCCUCGCAUGUGACAACUGCUUCCGGGUUUACCACCUCAAAUGUCUGUCGGAGGACUUCAAGCCCAGAGAUGGAGGAUCCCACUGGCAGUGUGUCGUCUGCAGGGGCAGUAAAAAGAAGAACCUAAACAAACAGGAAAUGAGCAAAUACCUGCGCUUCAUCGUCCAGCGUAUGAAGGAGAGG